CCUCUCCAUUAUCACCAAACUUCAUAGCCCCUAAGCCAACUCCCCUCCCUUCCCCUCCCCAAAUAUCCUCCCCACCUCCUCUAUAUCUCUCCCUCUCCAGAGCCCAUGGGUUUCUUGUAGUGAAAUGAAAGUAUGAAACCUCCAAAAACAAACAAAACUGGACCAAAAACUUCUGCCAUCAGCUCCACAGCUUCCAAUUCUACCAACAACAAGACCUUGCACAACCCACAACCAAGAACAACACCAAAACCAAUACCAAUACCCAGCUCUCAAAAACUCUCAAACUAUACAUCUUGAAUAUAUAGAUAUAGAUAGCUACAGCUUACAAGAAACAAGUCUCCAACUAUUUUGUAGGUAGACUAGGCUAGAGUAGCCUUGCCGCCCCAACCCUUUUUAUUUUUCUUUUUCUUUUUUUCUGGGGUUGGGUUGGGGGUGGAGACUAGACUCUAGAGAGGGCAAUUUCUUGAAUUUUGUGUGGUCAUCUAACUGCCUGAAGUCUGAUUCUGAACCGCCCAGCUGCUUCUUAUGUGAUUGAUAUAUACUUACCCCUCAAGGGAGUCUGCCUUACCAUUUUAUUUUUCCUCUCUCUUAUAUGGUUAUAUUCUCUCUUCUGAUCAGAUCUUUCUCUCUCUCUCUCCCAUGAGCAUGUGAUCCUUCUGAAAAGGUACUUAUCUGAAACUAACAACAGACACCAGAAAAUCAUUACCUACAGACAAAUCCCAAUAAUACUACUGUAGUAUUCAUUGAUUGAUAAUAACAAAGAAAUAGGAGAGAAGAGGAGGAGGAGAAAAUGUUGUUGGAUCUGAAUAUUGAUGCUGAUGCUGCAGCAGCAGCAUCAGUGGACUCAGCUUGUGAUGAAACCGACCCUUUUCCUUGCCCCGUCAAAACCACCGCUGCUGCUACUGCUACUUUGUUAACUGAUCAUGAUUCCGGGGCCUCAUCGUCCGUCCUCAUCAUAGCCGACGAAGAAUCCAACAGCUCCUCCCCACCGACUCAUAACCAACCCCACCACCGUUGCACAACCACCACUCUCAAUUUCUCCAUCCUCAACACCACUGGGGAAGACCAUAUCAUCCAAAUUCUUGACAAUGAUCAAGAUUUCGACAAUGAUGAUCAUCGUCAAGGUUUGAUGACUAGGCAGUUUUUUCCUGUUGUCCCCAACAAUGACCCAUUCCCGUUCCCCACCACGACCACGACGACGACAGCCAGGCCUCCACAAUGGCUCAAACUGUCCGUGCCGGAGGCCGCCGCUGCUGGGGAAAUUGGUGGGAUAUAUAACAAGGGUCAGCAGCAGCAGCAACAACAACAUCAGCUUGGUCAGCCGUAUCAGCAGCACCAAGUAGCUGGAGGCGGUGCGAAGAAGAGCAGGAGGGGGCCUAGGUCGAGAAGUUCUCAGUAUAGGGGUGUCACGUUUUAUCGGAGGACUGGCAGAUGGGAAUCCCAUAUCUGGGAUUGCGGGAAACAAGUGUAUUUAGGAGGAUUUGAUACAGCUCAUACUGCAGCUAGAGCGUAUGAUCGAGCAGCAAUCAAGUUUCGAGGUGUUGAUGCUGACAUUAAUUUUCAUAUCAGCGAUUAUGCAGACGAUUUGAAACAGAUGCAAAACUUGGCAAAGGAAGAAUUUGUUCAUAUUCUUCGUCGUCAAAGCACUGGAUUCUCGCGCGGGAGCUCAAAGUAUAGAGGAGUUACCCUACACAAAUGUGGUCGCUGGGAGGCUCGGAUGGGCCAGUUUCUUGGUAAAAAGUAUAUAUAUCUUGGGUUAUUCGACAGCGAAGUAGAAGCUGCAAGGGCAUAUGACAAAGCAGCUAUCAAAUGCAAUGGAAGGGAAGCAGUCACGAACUUUGAGCCUAGUGCCUAUGAGUGGGAGAUCAGUGGAGCUGCCAAAGAUGGAGAUGCAGGUAGAGGUGACAAUCUUGAUCUCAACCUGUGGAUUUCUCCAGCUUCAGAUGGGCAGAAGGAAAUUGGUGAUUCAAAAAGUUCCUGUGCCCAUUAUGCAGCUUCUGAUGACAAAAUGAUAAAGGUGGAGAACUCCUUCAAUACUCCUGAAUAUCUACCAAUGGCAUCGCAAGAUUCUUCAGUUUGGACCCACACAUAUUCUGGUUUUGGUCCAAAGAAUGAGGAAAGAGCAAGGAAAAUGAGGCCUGAAGGCAUUCCGAUACCAGGAUUAUCAAACUGGCCAUGGAAAAUGCAUUGCCAUGGUGUGAUCACCUCGGUGCCUUUGUUUCCUUCUGCAGCAUCAUCAGGAUUCUCCACAGUGACUGCCACUUCAACCACGCUUGUGUCAACGAAUGCCCCAAAUAAGAUUGUCCACACCUCUGCCUUCCAGCACCCUCCUUUGACCCUUAAUUACAAUUAGCAAGCAUCAUCAUGAAGUACAACCUCUUUGAACAACGUUUGUUGGGGCUUGGAAUUCAGCUGGCAAAGGAAUCCACUCUGUUCAGUGCGGGGUUUCAUUUCUUCUAUGAUUCAUGCAUAUAUGAUAGAAACAAAGAUAUUUUGAACAUAUACAAUGGGGUAUAGGUUAGUGCAAAAUUGUGUAGAAUUGCUGCCAUGAGAAUUGUUGUAUAGCCAUUCACACUGUUUGGAACGUGGAAGUGCUCCACUGACUGCAAAGAAGCACGGCUUCUCUUGAGCAAAGAACUCAAGCUGGUUCAGUCCUGCUUGACCUAUACAAUGUUACCUAUACUACAAAUGGAAACUUGAGGUAUGCCAAAGCUCAUACUUCUAACUGGUGGUUUAAAGUCACUCUUUAACUGCAAAAUGAAACUCGUGGUUUUUGCUCAA